UUUGAUAACUACAUUUGACAAUCAGAUUCAUGGAACAAUAGAACAAUCACAUUCGUGAUCUUUCAGGGAGCAACUGGUUUCCAUUGAUCAGGGUUACGAGCCCUGAACACGCUUUACAUAAUUAGCAUCCGCGACGAACGUGGGUCAUCGACGUAGUAGUAGGUCGUAAGUUGGUCAAGGUCGACUUUGCAGGUGCGCGCUUAUGGUGUCGGUGGACACGUUCGAAAAUCGACAAUCGCGUUGCCGCGAAAUUCAAUAUUGGCUCCUCUGGUGAACGUGCGAGUGGACCAAUCGGAUCUCGAAGAAAGCCGUCGAUGUCCGUCCCGUAUUCUCAGGCCUGAUGACGAGUUCUGGCCUGGCGUUCAUCUUCACGAAAGAGAGAGAGAGAGAGAACGCAUGGAGAGAGAUAGAGAGAGCGAGUGGCAAGGCGAGUCGAGCGACAUGAAUCUAUGGUGGGGAGCAGACACCGAUCGUGCAUGCCACCGACCACAACAGUUUAAAAGCAACCUCCGACAUGAUCGCGUCAGCCGGCCUUUAAGUCGCCCUACCACUUCCUCCACUUCCUCUUCUUCAGUAACGAGCUGACCGCGUGCGUAUCGAGACAGUCCGCUCAGCCGCCAGUUCCUUCUGUGCAACGUGGAAUGUCGAUCGUUGCGGAUCGAUAAAAGGAGGAGAUGAACCUCCCUCUCUCCGUCCGCAUGCGGAAUCGAUCGGAGGUGGAAAUCGCAAGUGAAUAAAGAAUACAAGUGAUACUCGCGAGCACAGUGUCUUACGAUCGAUAAAAUGAAUCGGUAAGAGUUUCUGCUCUGCGCGAGUGCGUCGUUCUGCAACGCGAGUGAUCGGAUCGUUAUGAGAGAGGCGAAGGAGCGACGUUGAUCGGCUGGUGAUGAUCUAACCACUCGAUCGGAGAUCGUCGCGAUGAGUGUCAAGCGAAGAGUGUUCAGCGCCCUGGACGGGCUUAUUAAAUGUGAUCGUGCGAUCGUAUGCUCGGUGUUCCUAUGGUAUCUCGCGUUCCUGCCGUGCAUCGUCGAGGCCACCAAGCCGGGGAUAUGCGUCAUGAAAGGCUGCAACUGCACCGUCAAGGCGCAUCGCUGGGUUACCAUCAAAUGCGUCUUCUCCGAGGAACAGAAAGUGGAGUUGCUGGAAGGGACCAUUCCGCCGGAGGCAGCGGAACUCGAAGUCUCUCACUGCCAAGAACUGAGAAUACAAACGGGCGCUUUCGGCGGGGGUGUGCCCCUGAAACGCGUGCACGUUUCGGGAAUCAACAGCGUGGUCGCCAAAAGGCAGGCCUUUCAGAAUAUCGCCGCACCCAACACGCAUCUCGAGGUGUCGGAAUGCAAUAGCGUGAUCCUGGAGAGCUACGCCUUUCGGAACACGCAAGGUACGCUGAGCGUUUCAAUAUCGCGAUGCAAACAGGUGGAGAUAAAACCAAACGCCUUCUCGUGGCUGCUGUGGCUCAAGGUGAAUGUGGUGUCGUCCUUGGUGCUUUCCAACAACGCCUUCAAGUUCGAGGCUCCCCAAUCCGGACGACAUGGACCAGCGACCAAGAUUAUGUUCCAAAAUGUGAUGCUCGAGGAGCUACCCACGGCGGUGUUUCCUUCGGCUAUCGCGGAAAUUCGCAUGGAUGACAUUUCGAUAAGAGUCAUACGCAAGGAUGCUUUUUGUGCCAUGACCAUUUUCAAUGUGAUUAUUAGCAACGCAUCUAUCCAGGAGAUUCAAACUGGCGCUUUCAGCGACAGGGCCCUUAUUCAAAGCCUCGAGUUUGUCGAUGUGCAACUCAAGAAUAUCAACACGGCAGCCUUCAGAGCAGGACACGAUAAUCUCACGAUUCAACAUUCCAGAUUGUUCGAGGUGGACACUGGUGCUAUCAACACAUCGGCAGCGACCGUCACCUUUAACAACAACGAAUUUAAGCACCUGAAACAUGGCUCAAUCUUGCUGCAUCAAUGGAACCGCAUAGCGAUCGACCGCAAUGUUUUCGAUACGCUGGAAGAUGAUGCGAUUAAAGCGGAAAUCGGUGCCACUUCGGCGCCCAACUUUGAAUUUUCCUUUACGGACAAUCGCAUACACAAGGCAUCGCCGGGAUCUCUUCGGUUUGCGGCAUCGAUCUCGCAGAGCGUGAAUUCGGCGCGCGUCGGUAACAAUUACUUCAAUGAAAAAUGUAGUUGCAAUCUCGAAAAUUGGAUGCGCGAAGUGACGGGCCGCAACAGCUCGGUUACAUGGAUGAUUGACUCCAGUUACUGCAUGAUCGUUAACGUCCCGAAAAAUUGCUUCGAUCUGCCCGAGGGCUACAUGUCUAUGCGGAACUUCACGCAACUUAUAUGCACGCAGCAGCAUCGCGACGUCUAUUGCGAGAGGACGUUGUCGAAGUCGAAACCGAGCGUCACUCCGCCCAGUGUAGGUCCUCACAUGUAUCCAAGGCAGAAAGGGUUCUACGACAUUGAGAUAAGUGAAUCGGAACAGUUGGAACGCGAGAAGAGGAUUAUCGUCAUUGUUUGCGUCGUAGCGGUCUUCGUUGUCGUUGUCGUGAUCUUAUCCUCAGGAAUUCUCUAUAUGCGUCGUCGCGGCGUCUGCCCCAAACUGGCAUCCGGUUCGCUGAUAAAUCUGUCAAAUUGGUUGUCAUCCAGCAACGGCAUGACCGCCGCGACGUCCGCUAGAUCGAUAUCAAGGCUGAGUGUUCACGAGUACGCCGGUCUCCAGGCGGAGACUAGAAUUCUCGAAAUGGAUACUCGGACGGAAAAUACGGAGGACGACGACGAGGAAGGUGCCGUUUAUCCGUAUACGGAGAACAAGGCCACGCAGACGUUGCCGGAGGAGCUGACGGAGGAGUACCUGAGAGAUCUCCAGGAGCGACUGAACGAUCCUGACAAUCACAGCCAGGCGAGGGACAUGAUCGAGCACCUGUACGAUCUUAUCAAAGUCGAAGAGAGUUGUAACAAUAACAACGAUCGGCAACCAGCGAACGAUCGAGAGGAGAAUGCGUACGACGUAAUUCAGCCGAGGAUCAGAAGGGCUCGCGGUGCGCCGAAACCGUCCGUGAACAUUGGCACCAGAGCGCCGUCUUUGGAUAAGCUGCUGCCAAACGGGUUACGUACCAGACCACUCAUCACCGAGUACGCGCAGCCACGCGACCAGCGUACCACCGAUCAAAAUCAUCUGUACGCCGAAUUGCCGGGUGACGAGACAGUGCCCAGCACAAGUCGAUUGUCACAACCGUUUUUGGAGAGCCUGAUCGGUAGGGCGCCGCAGCCGUUGCCACCGGAUGUGGUGAACGAUCAUCUCGUCGGCAAUGAUCGUCCUCCGCGAAAUCUCGGCUACGGUGACGACGAUUGCGGGCCACCGCAGAGUCCAAAGCUGGAUUCGAGCUGCCGAAAUCAAUCCGCCAAACCGAUGAACUUCCUCAAGGCUCUCGGUGAGAGCAUCCUCGGCACGUCCGGCAAGACGAACAACAAGAGGCCGAACUCACUGUUAUGCGAAUACGCCGAGCCGUCCGAUGCAACUGCCCAUCUCUACUCGGAGUUAUCGGAACUUCAAACGUCCGCAUCCACUAGCAAAAUGGCGAACAGGCCACUGCCCACUAAGCCCGACCAGGAUUCCGUUGCCGCGAAUGCGGCCAAGGCGUAGCGGCGCUCAUUAUCUGUGAUAUAAGUGUUACGUGUUAUCGAGAACGAAGAUUAAAGUGUUCUUUCUUUUUGCCGACUGUACGAGGAAAGUAUUCGCACACAUGCGCGUGUUUGCUGGAGUGAUUGCGUAAGAGAGUUUCCGCCAGGCGAGAACGGGUCGCCUGGGUCUCUCUCUCGGCUGAGAGAUUGUGUGCCUGUUUCACAAUAGCGGAGGAAAUACGCGUCAGAAAUUAGUACAAUUCAUGCGUUGAAGGCUCGGGGCUUGUCGGUCUCGAGAACGAGAAGUGUCCUUACUUUCAAAUCGCGCGUGUAUGAAUAAACCCUUGUUAGAACAAUUGUUGCGUACCAUUCGGUGGUGCUCUCGCGAAAGGAAGAAGUCAAAUUAUAUCCGGAUCGACCAAAGCAACAUUUACGUGAAAGUAUCGCAGCGGAGAUGUGCCAAAAUUAGUGCGUCACGUAUGACUGACAUUCGCGCUCGUGAAACGCGAAUUAAAGAUACAGUACUAUUACUCGAUUAGUGAAUUUUCGAAAAGUAUUGCGCGACAAAAAUCGAAGAAUUUUAUUUAUGUUUAUCUGUGACAAAAUGGAUGCGACAUAAAUUUAUAUAUAUAUAUUUGCUUCGUCAGGUAUUAAUAAAUAAGUAUUUUACAUCUGA